CGCCUCUGAGUUGCCGUAGUUGUAGUUUGUUGGUUCAGAACAGAAUCAGACACUGCUGAAAUAUAAGUGAAAUAAACAGCUAGCUACAUAAUCAUAUCAUGAGUCGAUCGUACAAUGACGAGUUACAAUAUUUGGACAAGAUUGACAAGAACUGCUGGCGAAUCAAGAAAGGUUUCGUCCCAAAUAUGCAGGUGGAAGGAGUGUUUUACGUCAACGAGUCCUUGGAGAAGCUGAUGUUUGAGGAGCUGCGUAACGCGUGUAAAGGAGGAGGUUUUGGUGGGUUUCUCCCUGCCAUGAAACAGAUUGGAAACGUUGCAGCUCUGCCGGGUAUAGUCCAUAGGUCCAUCGGCCUGCCAGACUGCCACUCGGGGUAUGGGUUCGCCAUCGGAAACAUGGCUGCCUUCGACAUGAGCGACCCCAACGCUGUCGUAUCCCCAGGUGGUGUGGGGUUUGAUAUUAACUGUGGAGUGCGUCUACUAAGGACCAACCUAGACGAGGGAGACGUCCAGCCUGUCAAGGAGCAGCUGGCUCAGGCCCUGUUUGACCACAUCCCUGUAGGAGUCGGCUCCAAGGGAGUCAUCCCUAUGACCGCCAAGGAUCUAGAGGAGGCUCUAGAGAUGGGAGUGGACUGGUCCCUGAGAGAAGGCUAUGCCUGGGCAGAGGAUAAGGAGCACUGUGAGGAGUAUGGCAGGAUGCUGCAGGCCGACCCCAACAAGGUCUCCUCCAAGGCCAAGAAGAGAGGCCUGCCUCAGCUGGGUACUCUGGGGGCAGGGAACCACUACGCUGAGAUCCAGGUGGUGGAUGAGAUCUAUAAUGAUCUGUCCUUAUUCCAGCUAGGUACUCUGGGGGCAGGGAACCACUACGCUGAGAUCCAGGUGGUGGAUGAGAUCUAUAAUGACUAUGCUGCUAAGAAGAUGGGCAUCGACCACAAGGGCCAGGUGUGUGUGAUGAUCCACAGUGGCAGCAGGGGGCUGGGCCACCAGGUGGCGACAGAUGCCCUGGUUGCCAUGGAGAAGGCGAUGAAGCGAGACAAGAUCCAGGUGAACGAUCGUCAGCUGGCGUGCGCCCGUAUCUUUUCAGAGGAGGGACAAGACUACCUGAAAGGAAUGGCCGCCGCCGGCAACUAUGCCUGGGUCAACCGUUCCUCUAUGACCUUCCUCACACGACAGGCGUUUGCCAAGGUGUUCACCACCACUCCUGAUGACCUGGAUAUGCAUGUGAUCUAUGACGUGUCUCAUAACAUCGCCAAGGUGGAGGAACACAUGGUGGAUGGGAAACAGAAGACUCUACUGCUGCAUCGCAAGGGAUCCACCCGGGCCUUCCCUCCACACCACCCCCUCAUCCCUGUAGACUACCAGCUGACAGGCCAGCCGGUGUUGAUCGGGGGCACGAUGGGCACCUGCAGUUACGUCCUGACGGGCACGGAACAGGGCAUGACGGAGACAUUCGGCACCACCUGCCACGGCGCGGGUCGGGCUCUGUCUCGGGCCAAAUCCCGCAGGAACAUCGACUUCCAGGACGUGUUGGACAAGCUGGCAGACAAGGGUAUCGCCAUCAGGGUGGCUUCGCCCAAACUAGUCAUGGAAGAGGCUCCGGAGUCGUACAAAAACGUGUGUGAUGUCGUCAACACGUGUCACGAUGCUGGAAUCAGCAAGAAAGCCAUCAAACUACGACCCAUCGCUGUGAUCAAGGGAUAAGGCUGCACCACUCUGCUAGUGACGGCAUUGGCCAUGGCACUCCCUCCAGGAGCCAAUCACCAGGCAGAGAGCUGGCGGAGGAGCCAAUGGGGAAGUGUCUGACUGCGAGUGAGCAUGUCCGUCUUCAAAGACUGACUUGACAAGGGAUCGGUUUCCUCCGCUCCACUUCCUGUUUAUGACCAGUAUGAUUUUUUUGACAUGGGGGGGGUGAUUUGUCCGUUGAGUGAUCAAUUUAAUUGGACCAGAUGGGCUCUUUAAUAUUGUAAAGUUUGAGAGGAUGAAGUGUCUUGGGUUUACGGUUCAUUCAUGGCAAAAUCCCUGUGGAAUAUAACCUUGAGAUUCAGGUCAACCACAGAUAAUAAAAUACAAGACGACAGAUUUAAUGCCUGGUAGUCACUUAGUUCCAACAUCUCAAGACAACAAACACUAAAGCUUCACAUGGUGAGAUGGUUUGGGAUCUCGAUUCUCUGACCAGAUUGAUUUCCCUCACUACCUCUCACCCAUUGGUAGGAGAAACCCUGGUGUCUGGAUUAGUAAACACUUAAUGUUGUUUUGAUGAACCAAUAAAGAUACUCAUGAAGACAGAUUAA